CUUAUUCAUCAGAGAAAGGUAGGGAUAUAAAGCUGGUGGCUCAAAAAAAGCAUACAUUUCAGCUUCUACUGCUUCAAUAACACAGCAUGGCUCCUCUUCUGCGUAUGGUAGUGUGUGUGCUGGCAGUGGUGGUUAUGUGUCAAGCUGACUGCUACUUUCAGGAAUUGCAUAACAAAGAUGUUAAGAGCCAACCUAAAGGUUGUGUGGAUAAGGAGGGUGUUGAGCAUGAGUUUGGCUCUGAAUGGGUGAAGAACUGCUACGAGUGUUCCUGCUCUGAAGAAGGCAUUGGCUGCUGCAGCAAAAUCCCUGACGCAAUAGCUGUUCCUCCUCAGUGUGAACUGGUUGUAAACAGGGAUGCCUGCUUUGCCAAAAUGGUCCUGAAGUCAGACAAGACAAAGGAGUGCAGUCCCGUCUAGACUUGUUUUGUAAGCCAUUGAUAGCCAAAGGAAACUAUUUUGAUAAUCAUUAUCACCAUGUUGCUGAACAAGUACAUUGUGUUGUAUGCAGUGGCGGUUGUAGAACAUUUUUACUGGGGGGGCCAAAAGGGGGCAAGUGUUUAAUCAGAGGGGCACAUUAAAAACGGAAACUAAUUAUAUUUAAACAUUAAAUACUUUAAUUUUGCUUUACAUUAAAAUCAUACAAUCGGC